CUUAGAUUUAAUUUAUAAUCGCUAUUAUUUCCAAGGAUUACCACAAAUAGGGAGUGAUCUCAGAUUUCUCACAGUACUCUGUAAUUAGGUUCAAAUGGCUACGGGAACUACUUUACAAAAAGCUAUAGAACUAGUAACUAAAGCCACCGAAGAGGAUAGGAAUAAAAAUUAUGAAGAAGCUCUUCGUUUGUAUGAACAUGGUGUAGAAUAUUUUCUUCAUGCCAUAAAGUAUGAAGCUCAGGGAGAAAAGGCUAAGGAAAGUAUUAGGGCUAAGUGUGUACAAUAUCUAGAAAGGGCUGAAAAAAUUAAAGAAUCUAUAAGGAAAACUAAAAAGAAGCCAGUAUUAGAUGGAGGCUCCUCCAAAGAAGACAAAAAGAGUGAUAGUGAUGAAGAUGACGAUCCUGAUAAAAAGAAGCUACAAAGCAAACUAGAAGGUGCUAUAGUUGUUGAAAAACCUCACGUGAAAUGGACAGAUGUAGCUGGAUUGGAAGCUGCUAAAGAAGCCCUUAAGGAAGCUGUAAUUUUACCAAUCAAGUUUCCACAUCUUUUCAGUGGAAAGAGAGUACCUUGGAAAGGUAUUUUGUUGUUUGGGCCACCUGGUACUGGUAAAUCUUAUUUAGCCAAAGCUGUUGCGACCGAAGCCAAUAAUUCCACUUUCUUCUCGGUGUCCUCUUCUGAUUUAGUCUCAAAAUGGUUGGGUGAAUCUGAGAAAUUGGUCAAGAACUUGUUCGAGUUGGCCAGAACUCACAAACCCAGCAUCAUAUUCAUUGACGAAAUCGAUUCACUUUGUUCGUCACGUUCUGAUAAUGAAUCUGAAUCAGCCAGGAGAAUCAAGACGGAAUUUUUAGUUCAAAUGCAAGGUGUUGGCCAUGAUACCGAGGGUAUCUUAGUGUUAGGAGCUACUAAUAUUCCUUGGGUAUUAGAUUCCGCCAUCAGGAGACGUUUCGAAAAAAGGAUUUACAUACCGCUACCGGAAGAACCGGCGAGAGCUGUCAUGUUCAAAUUACAUUUAGGAAAUACCCACACAGAGUUGACAGAAGAAGACAUCAAAGAGUUGGCUUCCAAAACUGAAGGUUACUCUGGUGCUGAUAUUAGUAUCGUGGUACGAGACGCUCUGAUGCAGCCAGUGCGUAAAGUUCAAACCGCGACUCACUUUAAGAGGAUUAGGGGACCAUCACCAGUCGAUCCCAAUACCAUAGUGGAUGAUUUACUCAUACCUUGCUCGCCCGGUGAUUCUGGUGCAAUAGAAAUGUCCUGGAUGGAUAUUCCGAGCGAAAAAUUAGCAGAGCCACCGGUUACUUUGAAUGACAUGUUGAGAUCAGUUGGCACCUCGAAGCCCACCGUCAAUGAUGAGGAUCUUACGAAAUUGAGGAAGUUUAUGGAAGAUUUCGGACAAGAAGGAUAGAGACGUUGUAUAGCUGCUUAAUUAUUAUUGUAUUUAAGAGAGAUUCGUGUAUAAACAUAUUUUUAUUCUUCUAAUGCAUUAAUUACAUUAAAUUUUCAAUAUCACAGAAUUUGAAGUGUCACAAAAGAUGUUAGAAAAAAAAAACCGUUUUGAAUGUUAUAUUAUAUAUUGUUGCUUUACAAUUUAUGUUUUUUUCUUUUUUAAUAAAUGAUAUUCUUUUUUAUAUUACGGCCUUAUUAUACAUUAAGAUAGUAUAUAUUUGUAUUCUUAAAAAUACAAUUAAUUAAGUCGUUUGUAUAGGGUUAUAUCUGUUGAAGAGGAUUUUCAGCUUUCAGGCGUGUCCAUAUUAUUCUUAAUUUAAGAGACAUCCACGAAAUUUAGGAAGCAAUAAACAAUUUAAUACAAUGCGAAAAUUGAUUUAAUUCGCUUAAUAUUCAUUUUAGCCACGAAAUCUUUGGAUUAAAUGAAAAUUAUGAACCAAACGACCUUUUUAAUGUAUGAAACGGGUUCUUUGGUUCAUAACGUUAUUGAAAGUCUGUAUCGGCACGACUAAUGAAAGAUACGAAAAUUUUGACAGUUAAACCCGGAUGAGGAAACGAUUUCAAUUAUGUAAGCUUUUUAGGUUUUUAAGGAUUAACAAGUUUGUACAUACAUUUUAAUUUCAGUAAAGUUAUUUUUUUCAAGUUAUA